AUGCCUAACACCAUUUAUUCUUUAUAAGUUUUUAGAAACCUAGAUGUUAAUAGCAUGAUCUAAGCAUAUAAUUAUGCCUUGGAACAUAUUAAUGAACUCUAAAUUUAAAUUGAACAAUUAGAGAAGAGUGCAAUUGAUAUUAUAGUUGAAAAAGAUUAGAUGAUAGAACAUCUAGAAUUACAAUUACAACAUUCUUCCAAAAGACCUAGUCUUAAUAAUCAAGAAGAAGUUAUUCAAUAUAAGAAGUAACUAAAUUUAGUUUAAUUUUAGUCAUAUUUAGGAAUUAUAAACUAGAUUGGAGCAUUUAUAAACAAAACAUUAUGAAUAAUUGUAAGAAUAAGAAAAAGUGUGGAACUAAUAUUUAUUAGAUUAAAUUGCAUAGAAUGAAUUUACAGUUGAUUAAAAAUUAAAGAGUCAUUUAGAAUAAAUUUUUAUUUUAGAAGAUAAAAUAAAUAAAUUAGAAAAUGAAGUAAAAUAUUCAUUUUAAAGUAGUUAGAAAUUAAGGAAAACAUGUAAAUAUCUUUAAUAAAUUAAAAUAAAUAAUUUAAAGAAACCAAUUCUAAAUUGGAAGAAAUUCAAAUUACUUAAAAUAGAUAAUUACUUAAAUUAUAAAUCGAAUUAGAAUAAUUAUAAUAAAAUAAUUACAAAGAGAAAAAUCAAUAUUUAGAAUAAAUUAACGUAAUAUAUAUUUAUUAAAUUAUAAUAGUCUACUCAUUAAGAACUUUAAGAAUUAUAGUCAUAAACUUCUGCAUUUAAAAUGUAAAAUUAAAAAUUAAAUAAUUAAAAUAAAAUCUAUACUAAUACAAUUAAUGAGCUGAUGGUAAAGAAAACAGAAUUAGAAUUACUUAUAUAAACAUAAAAAUAUGAAAAAUAAGAAUCUAUUGGAAAUGGCAAAGUAGGUGCAUUUUCAUCAAUUGAUUAAUAAGGAGAUAAUCAUCAUAUUAGAGAAGAUAUUAAUACAACAGCAUUUGAUAUUAAUGAAGAUACUAUUGACAUAAAAUAAGAAUUGGCAUCUUUUUAAUUUGAUGAAAAUAAUGUUAAUUUCAAUCAUUUAAAAAAAAGUUAUUCUAAUUAUUCUUUUCAUUCAGAGAAAAAAGAUCCUAUUGAUUUAGAAAAUCAUCUAAAAAAUUCAAUAAAAACAAUUAAAUAAUUGAAUGCUUAAGUUUAAUUACUUAAUUAACAGAUUAAAGUUUUGAGAAGAUAUAAUAUUAAUUAAAAUAAUGCAAAAAAAUAUUUAAAUAUUAUGGAAUAGAAUUACAAUAAUUCUGUCUAAUUAAAAUAAGAACAAAUUAAAACUUUAGAAGACAAGAUUACAAUAUAAAAUUAAGAAAUAGUGUAUUUAAAAUAAAAAGUAAAAUAGUAUACUCAAAAACUCAUAAAAUAUAACAAAAAAUUAAUCAAUAACCAAAGUAAAUGA